AUGGCCCACAUCGCCGCGGGUCCCCGCGGACUCAGCCUGCCCUACUCCUCGCUCUUCAGCCCCAGCCAGCGCACUCGGGCCCACGACCCACGGCCCCCGGAGCUCCUCUGGAAGAACGCGGCCAGUCCAGUCGAGCUCGGCGACGCGGACUGCCCCGCGAGCACACUCCGAAAGCCGAGGUCACGCAAGCCGCCCCGGUUCCCCCGGCUGAGGCGGAUCGCCUUCAAGGCCUUCAGCCUCAACCCCGACACCGCCGGCAACCCCAGGCGGAACACCCUCACCACCACCGAGAUCGUCUCCCGCAACACCACCCAGCCCACAUCCAUCUUCAGGUCCUGGAGACUCAAGUCCAGCCCCACCAAGACACACCUCAAGAAGAUCGUCGUCGUCCUCAAAACUCGCAUCAGUGCCGCCAGUCCCCAAGACCAGCAGCCCAAAUCAUGGGAGGAAUACAACCGUCGCUAUGCCAAUGAAGAGAUCGAUGUCCUCAACCCGCCCCUGCCGCCGCUAGACCUGAACGACCCCUCCUUCGAGUUCUAUCCCGCACCGCGCCCGCCGAACGAGCCCGUGCGCCAACUGGUGGUCAACCGGCUCGACCUCCUGGGCGGGAAGCCGUUCGACCCGAGCGCCGAGGGCGCCGCGAAGGCCAAGGCCCGCGCCGCGCUUGCAGACAGGCUCAUCGCCCAGGGGAAGGUGCCCCCAAGCCUCGACGUCCGUCCCUGGCAGCAGGACGCGGCCGCCGAUCGCCAUCUCCACGACCCCCGCACCGUCGUCGCUGACGUCCGCAGCGGCAGGCUGCCCCCCGAGACCCUCGAGCAACACCCCGUCUUCCGAGAUAUCGUCAAGCGCUGCCGGGAAAUCUUCGGAAGCGCCCUAAGCAUGCUAUCUAUCCUCGACGAUGAUCGCCAGGUGUUUCUUGCCGAGUCCGGGGCCGCAGAGGCAGGCAUGGAUGGAAUGCGGGACGUGACCCGGGACAUCAGUUUCUGUGCCCACACCAUCCUCGGUGGUCGCCGGGGGAUGACAGUGCUCGAUGCAAAAAAAGACUGGCGAUUCGGGAACGGGCCUUUGGUCCAUGAUCUUGGGGCAAGGUUCUACGCCGGGGUGCCCUUGAUGGCCCCGAACAUGGAUGGCAGCCAAGAAGCGGAAGAAAACUCCUGUCCGAUCGGGACCCUGUGUAUCCUGGACUUCAAGCCGCGGGAGGCGUUCAGCUCGGAAGACCAGAAGAAGCUCGUCUACAUCUCCGAAUACGCCCGCCGAGAGAUCGAGCGCUGGUUUGCGAGCAAGAUCAAGCAGAAGGUCGAGCGUCUGGCGGCCACCCAAGAGGACUGGGACCACGAGCUCAAGCGGGUUGCCAGCUCGGGAAGCGACGGAGAGGCGUCCGAGGACUCCGAGGUGCUGUCUUCCCCCGGCUCCCAACUCCGGAGCCCCACCUCCUCCCACUUCUCCUCCAGUUUUCGCAAGUGGAGAAGCAUCAGCUCCAUCUCCACCGCCCCCCCUCUCUCGCCCUCCCUCUCCACCCCGAGCCCAACCUCGCCCACCAAGCCCCGCCCAGGCCUGUUCGAGGACGUGCAUGGGGCCGUGAAGCCGAAGAUGCGCAAGGUGUUCGACCUGGCCACCAAGCUGGUCGCCGAGACCUUGGAGCUCUCGCUCGUCUAUCUGAUGGCCGUCGAGCCCUACGCGGAGGCCGAGGAUCUCGGCCGGACGCUGAUCCUCUCGGGCCACAACAUCCCCCUGCCGGUCCCCGAGCUCGACCCGGGCCUGCAUCUGCGCGUCCUGCGGGCGGGCGAGGGCGGGCUGCUGUACCAGAACCCGUCGCUGGACGAGGCCGAGCGCGACGGCUUCCAGCCCCGACUCGCCUCCCCGCCCGCCGUCCCCUACGCCUCCGCCAUCCUGCUCGCCGUCGCGCCCGAACCGGCGCCCAACGCCGGCGGCUUCGUCUUGGCCGGCUUCUCCGCCGACCCCAAGAGGGUCUUCGGCGCCGAGGACGUCUCCUUCAUGAAGCAGUUCGCCGCCCAGCUCGCCCCGUAUACCUCCCGCCUGCCGCUCCAUUCUCCCCCCCUUAGCUAG